CUCAUUUUCCAAUAUAUCCUAUGCUUGAUCUCUUUUUUUCAGCAUGCUCAUAAACCAGAGUGUGGUGGCUGAGUGCUUAAUGUCACGCGUGAUAACCUGAAUUUAACGCAGAGUCCUUGCCAUCCCAUUUCAGGCUUCAUUUGAAAGCUGAGGAGAAAUGAGAAUCUUUAUGGGCUUAACUUUUACUUAUUUUAAUUCUUCUUGGAGGGAGCUAGAGAUGAUUCGAAAGAAAUACAAGUCAUAAAAACCGCUUUCUCCUUCCUGUUUGAGAUAAAACUGUGUCAGCUUUUGUUUUGGCUGGACUUUGAGCCAGUGAAUGCAAAACACAGAAGAGGAAGUACAGAAAAAGAGAGGUAGGGUAGAAGUGACGGUGCUUAGUAACUUGAGAAUGCAGGAAGUACACGUAUGCGGAGAGAACAGCUUUGAAAGGAACUGGUGGUGAGUCAGGAAGCAGUCACUCCAGUCUGUCUCUUCCCCAUUUUCUAAGAGCAGUAGCUCCAAGUGCAUUUUCCAGUUAGAGUGGUCUCUGGCAGUCCAUUGGAUCGCUACACUCACGCGUUUCUAAAGUCCUCGGAUACUGGUUGUGCCUUGCUGAGUCUCUUCAGCUGAGAUCCACCGUGUCUCUCUGCAGGAUUAAGCAACAAUGGCAUUUGUGAAGAGCGGAUGGCUGCUCCGGCAAAGUACUAUUUUACGCCGCUGGAAGAAGAACUGGUUUGAUCUGUGGUCUGACGGCCGCUUGAUAUUCUACGAUGAUCAAAAUCGCCAUGAUCUAGAAGAUAAGAUCCACAUGCGAAUCCACUGCAUCAACCUCAGAGUGGGGAAUGAAUGUCGAGAUUUCCAGCCUCCAGAGGGGAAGCAGAGAGACUGUUUACUGCAGAUUGUUUGCCGUGAUGGGAAGACAGUCAACCUCUGUGCUGAGAGUGCAGAUGACUGCCUGGCAUGGAAAAUUGCUCUCCAGGAUGCCAGAACAAACACUGGCUACGUGGGAUCUGAUGUGAUGUAUGAUGAGACAGCCAUUUCCUCGGCCCCUCCUCCCUACACAGCUUAUGCCACACCAUCACCUGAGGUUUAUGGCUAUGGCUACGAUCAGUACAACGGUGCAUAUCCCCCCGUGGGGCCUCAGCUCUUCUACACCUCCAAUGGACAAGCCUAUGCUGUUCCCUAUCAGUAUCCAUACCAAGGACCUUAUGGCCAACCUCCUGCAAACCAUGUCAUCAUUCGAGAGCGUUACCGUGACAGCGAUGGAGAUCUUGCUCUGGGAAUGCUUGCUGGAGCAGCAACUGGAAUGGCCCUGGGAUCAUUGUUCUGGGUCUUCUAGGUUACCCCUUCCUUAUCUCUGUAGUUCCAAAAACCUUUAUUGUGUGCAAUAAUAUAUUGGCAAUGUUGUUUACUGUUAAACUUUAAGAAAUGCAAUAGUUAUUUUUCAGUAGUGACAUCUUAAUAACUGAUUCUUAACUGUCUUAAUGAGAGUUUAAAGGCACCAUUUAGUUAAGUGAUUGGAGAUGGCAUGUGCUGCUCUUGAAUUCUGAUAUUUGGAGUUAUAAGGAUCAAUAUGAGCACCAAUGUCACAUGGUAGCAGUCAACAGUCACCUGCUUUAUGAACAGACUGUUAUUGUAAACGCCAUAGAAAAAAAUGGAUUUUUUGGGUGGUCUAAGAUCUGGUCCAAACAAGAGGUUUACAGGAGCCCUGCAUCAGUAUAUACAUACUACUGGCUUCUAAACAUUCCCUGGACAAACCUACAGCUCAGCAGAAACUCCUUAGCGUUAGGUAGUCUGCCGUGCUUGAGGAUGGUUUUGUUUUCAGACUUGCCUGCAGAUGGUAGUGUGUUUUCUUAGGUGGAGUCCUGUACCUGCCUCUCACACCAUCUAGGUGAGGUUGUCUUUGAGAACACAUAAGCAAACCACUAAGAGGUGGCAGCACUCCUCAGUUCUUUUAUUCUCCCAGAAAUGUGAAUGACCAGUGGCAAGGAAGACCAAUGUUUGUUAUUGCACUUCCCUCUUUAUCCUGAACCACUCUUCUCUGGUCAGAUGGAAGCAGCAGAUCUUUACUUUGCACGUGGUCUUCCUUGUCUGUAGAGCGGUCGCCUCAGACCAGCUGCAUUGCUGAGGAAGAGGCCAUGGUGCAGUGUCUGCUCCUCACUGCUGUCCCUCUGCAGAGUCUGCAGGAGCAGAACUAAUGUGGACAACCCUUGCCCUGUUGGGGCUACCAGCUCCUCUGCAGGCAGGAACAGUCAGGAGGGCAGAGACUAGCAGCACAAGUAGUCCUUGCACACAGGCACUUUGAUAUCAGCUGCCUUGCCAGGGUUAGGAUGGGGUGUCUGCCUUGCAGCCGCCAAGGUUUCCUUAACCAGGUUCCUUGUUUGCAACUAGUUUUGAGCACAGCUGAGCCUGGAUUUGUUCUGUGCACACUUCCCCCUCACAUUCAGCAGGUCUCCUCUCCCCUUCAUGACUUGUUGUGGAAAACACUCCAAGGAACCUUUGUUUGUAUGCCUGGUUCCCUCACACAGUGUGCCCCUGCAGGCUGCUGUGCUAUGACUGUCAGCUGGAGUGCAGCUGGUUUGUGUGUUACGUGGCCUGUUACCCAUCCUGUUAUAAUCCAUGCUGAGCUGUGCUUGGCAGGGGAAAGAAAGUUCUGAAGAAAUGCACUUGCUUUCUUAUUCAAGUGAAAGAGGCAGGGUGCCUAAGUUGAGUUCUUAGAGUAAGAGGACUUAUUUUUAUACUUGCACUUUUAGCUUUCUGUAUUGGUAUUGUUUUAAUGUUAAGUCUUUCUUAUGCUUUCAUUCAGAAAUAGGUUAAUUUCCUUAUGAUUCACGGGGUUUCAGGUAUGUCAGGGAAGAUGAAAAUAGAUGAGAACUUGCACCCAUAUAAAUUUAGAUCAAGUCCCAACUUUUUCCGUUUCAUCCUAAAGCUCUCUGGGCUCCAUCCUACCUGUUUAAGCAACAGAGGGUUGGACAAGGGUUUGGGUAGCAGCCAGGGGAAGCACUAAGCUUUCGUGACUCUUAGGACCAACUAAACCACUUGGAAUCAUUGGAAGUAAACAGACAGAUGUAGUCUUGGCUGCAUUAUUAAGAGUGGGCCUAAUGCAGGGAAUGUAAACUGCUUUCAGGAGACUUUGGCUGGAGCUGUACACCAAUGUGCAUGCAUGUCCUUUCACAGUUUAACACAGCUGCACAUGUUCUGCCAGUGGGGUGUACUGAAAGGACUUGUUGGAGGUGCAAAAGAGGACUAAAGUGGAAGUUUCUUAUUUCUAGUCUAAACCAAAAGAAAUUGGGGUACAGUACUGAAGGUCUCUUAGAGGCCUGGUACCCUUGAGGUCAGAAAGGGAUGGUGACUGGAAUGUAAGUGAACAAACAUCUACCUUUUCUAAUCCUUGAGAUAACCUUGAAGUUGAUUACAAGUCUAUGCUGCUGUUUCGUUUGCGCUUUGCAAUAUAACGAGUUUUGCAGAAUAUCUUUACCUCUUCUCCCUCUGUGGUUCUUAACUUGUGAGGAGUGGGGGAGAAUAAAACAAUUGAACAUCAUGUGAUUUUUUUUAAUUUUG